UCUCAUCUCUGCAAAGAGAGGAGAAGCGAGAGAGAAGCCACGCCGUCGCCGCCGCAAGAUAUUGGCGGAGAACCAAUCUCCGGAAGCCGCUUUGCUCUAUUCCUCCUUUAUCCUCUUCGUUUAAGAGUACACAAUAUAAGUUAAAAAAUGGUGCAAUACAAUUUCAAGAAGAUUACAGUGGUCCCCAAUGGGAAAGAAUUCAUUGACAUCAUCCUCUCUCGCACCCAGCGUCAAACGCCAACAGUUGUUCACAAGGGUUAUUCCAUUUCCCGCCUUCGUCAGUUUUACAUGCGUAAAGUAAAAUAUACUCAACAGAACUUUCAUGAGAAGCUUUCUACCAUCAUUGAGGAGUUCCCUCGGCUGGAUGAUAUCCACCCGUUCUAUGGUGACCUUCUUCAUGUCCUAUAUAACAAAGACCACUACAAGCUUGCUCUUGGCCAAAUCAACACUGCAAGGAACCUUAUCAGCAAGAUUGCCAAAGAUUAUGUGAGGUUGUUGAAGUAUGGUGAUUCGCUCUAUCGCUGCAAGUCUCUAAAAGUUGCUGCUCUUGGCCGCAUGUGCACUGUGAUAAAGCGGAUUGCCCCUAGUUUAGCUUACCUUGAGCAGAUCAGACAACACAUGGCAAGGCUACCCUCAAUUGACCCAAAUACCCGGACAAUCUUGAUUUGUGGCUACCCAAAUGUUGGGAAGAGUUCAUUCAUUAAUAAGAUCACUAGGGCUGAUGUGGAUGUUCAGCCCUAUGCAUUUACUACGAAGUCACUCUUUGUAGGUCACACAGACUAUAAAUACCUAAGAUACCAAGUGAUAGACACACCGGGGAUAUUGGACCGGCCAUUUGAAGACCGUAACAUUAUUGAGAUGUGCAGUAUCACAGCUUUGGCACACCUACGAGCUGCUGUCUUGUUUUUCUUGGACAUCUCAGGUUCAUGUGGGUACAGCAUUGCUGCACAGGCAGCUCUUUUUCACAGCAUCAAGUCUUUGUUUAUGAACAAACCACUCAUCAUUGUCUGCAACAAGACUGACUUGCAGCCAUUGGAGGGUAUAUCAGAAGAAGACACUAAGUUGGUCAUGGAGAUGAAAGCUGAAGCUAUGAAGACUGUUAUAGGUCAAGGAGGUGAUCCUUUGAACGACGAGGGGGUGCUGUUGACCAUGAGUACUUUGACUGAGGAGGGGGUGGUUUCAGUGAAAAACGCAGCUUGUGAGAGGUUAUUGGAUCAGAGGGUGGAACUGAAGAUGAAGUCUAAGAAGAUGAAUGACUGCUUGAAUCGGUUUCAUGUUGCAGUGCCAAAGCCUCGAGACCAAAAGGAGCGGCCACCCUGUAUACCUCAGGCAGUUUUGGAAGGUAUGGCAAAGCAGCAAGCAGCUGAAAAGGAAAAGAGGAAGCUUGAAAGGGAUUUGGAGGAAGAGAAUGGUGGUGCUGGUGUGUACUCUGCUAGUUUGAAGAAGCACUACAUUUUGAAAAAUGAUGACUGGAAGGAAGAUAUAAUGCCAGAAAUUCUUGAUGGCCACAAUGUUUAUGACUUCAUUGAUCCUGAUGUCUUACAAAGGCUUGAAGAGUUGGAACAGGAAGAAGGGCUUCGGGAAGAGGAGGAAGAUGAUGAUUUUGAAAUGGAUGGGAAAGAGUUGACCCUGGAGGAGCAAGAAGCAUUGGCUGAGAUCAGGAAAAAGAAAAGCUUGCUCAUUCAACAGCAUAGGAUCAAGAAAAGCACUGCAGAGAGCAGGCCAACUGUGCCUAGAAAAUUUGACAAGGAGAAGAAGUUCACAUCAGAGAGAAUGGGGAGGCAGUUAUCCGCUUUAGGGCUAGAUCCCACUUUAGCCAUUAACAGAUUCCGCAGCAAGUCAAGGGGCCGUAAGAGAGAGAGAUCACUUGGCAGGGGUGGUAAUGAUGGUGAUGAUGUUAUGGAUAUGGAUGUUGACCAACCUAAUAAGAAGUUGCGAGCAAGGUCUAGAUCUCUGUCAAGGUCAAGGUCCAUGUCACGGCCACCAGGUGAAGUUGUUGCAGGGGAGGGCUUCAAGGACUCUGCUCAAAAGGUCAAGGCUCUAAAACUUGCUAAGAAAUCUGUCAAGAAGAGGAACAAGGAUGCUCGUCGUGGGGAGGCAGAUAGAGUUAUUCCUACUCUGAAACCAAAGCAUUUGUUCUCAGGGAAGCGGUCCAUUGGAAAAACCACUAGACGGUGAUGUAGUAAAGGUGUCACAGGCAUGCUGAAUGUUUUUAUCAGUUUGUCAUUUAAUUUUUGUUCCUUUUCGAGCCAUUUCUCUCUUGUGUUCACAGUAGUCUUUGUCGAUUUCUGGAUGCAUUUUCUUUAUUUGAUUGUUAAACAAUGGUCUUAAUGUUCUUUCUUCACUUGUUUGGAAUGGAGCAGCAGUUUUUUGGUAUCC